CACAACUGAACCAUUUAAAAUUUAGGUUCUUUUUCUUUAGGAUGGAGGCCAUGGAGUUACUAUAGUAUUUCGUAUGGUAUAUUUUGGAUUGGUUUCGUGAAGAAAAAAAAAUCUAGCUGUAGCUCUGUAGUUCCCAUUUAUCUAAUCUUAACGUAAGUAUUUAUCAAGUUUGUAAAAUAUUUAUUCACGGUUAUGAUUACAUUUCCAAAAAUAUUUCUUUGUUAAAUGAUGACUAUGAUUAUUAUAAAAAGUAUAAAAGUCUCCAAAAUUAAUAUUCAAUACUAUUUAAAGAAAGAGAGAAAAUGAAAUAGUAAAAGAAAGGACAUUUAAGUCAAAUAGAAGUUUAAGCUUUAGACUUUAGACUACAGUUAAGCUUUUGGUUCACUGACAUUUUAAGGAGGUAGAGAGACCCUACUUACUCCUUUUACUUCACACUUCAAUUAACUUUGAAAAUCUCGACACGUUUGUCUUUCAAAUUUAUUAAGCAUUAAGACACGCUCUUUUGCAUUAAGUUUAAUUUACUCUUCAUAAAUCGCGCUUGACUGAUUUAACCAAAUUAAAAGAUGCUGAAUAAUGAAAUAUUUGAAAUAUUGCAGACGAUAGAUUGCAAUCACUCCCGAAUAAUAGGAUAUUACUAUACUGGAGACUGGGUUAAAGCAUUGUGACGGGAAUAUUAGGAACUAAGUGCAAGCAAAGCUGUGUGACUUUUACUUUAGACUUUAGAGGCACCCUGCCUGCGUCGACUACGACUUUUCGGGUUUGUGCCCCCUGUACCUAACUGUACUGUUAACUAUCCUUAUUGUCAACUUUGAGUUGGACAACUUUGGACUUAAAUAUGGAAAAUAUACGAGAGGGGUUGCAGGGCCCACCCCACGGCUCUGAGAUUCUUUCGUUGUAUCUUGUUUUGUUCGUUUUAGUUUUAUAUUAUUUAGUUAGAAUAGAGGUCAUCCUUAAGUUAUUAACUUAUUAAUAAUGAAGUAUAUACGCACGGAUGGGGAGGUGUUGGAGAUUUCGCUUGCCUAUGGGUGGGAGGGGGGUUGGCAAAGUUAGCAAAUGUAUUCACAAGUUAUGCAGUAAUUUUCUUGAGACUGUCAAUCAAUGAAUAGCACAUUAUAUAUAUAUACAUAUAUAUAUAUAUAUAUAUAUAUAUUUAUAUAUAUAUAUUAUAUAUAAGUCUGUAAAAACAUUAGGUAAUCUUUUGACUGUAAAAACAUUACGUAAUUUUUGUAAUUUUUAGGUCUUAACGUCAUAAUGUUGCCUUGUGUUUUCAAAAAGUGAACUUUCUGCCGGUCUGUAAAUAACUUAUGUCAUGUUAAAUUUAAUUAAUUAAGAUGUGUUGAGUUUUUUUUAAAAAUAAAGUUUUAGGCCUAUUUUCUAAAAAUUAGAACAAACAAAAUUGAUAUUAAAUGCUUUAAAAACUCUAAAAUUAUUUUCCACAGCUGGUUAACAGAUUAUGCACCUUUUACUUGAAAAAAAGAACUACGGUCAGGAUUUGAAAUGUUAUGUGCACGUUCAUAAGCAAGAAAUCAAUAAGUUUAACAGAAAUUCAACUAUAUUUUAAUGUAAAUAUUUGGAUUUAAAAAAAUAUUCAGGUUCAAAUAAAAUAAAUAUUCACAAUAAUUAAUCUCUAUUUCUUGUGUUAAAAUUUUUAGAAAAAUUUGAAAGUCAAUUUAUCAAGGAGCUAUAUUGGAAUGGAAUAGCAGCAUUGCCCGUCAUGUAUUGAAUUUGAAACAGUAUGUAAAUAAAGCAGUUUGAGUAGUGUAUGGUUUGAACUAAGCAAGAGUCAAACGAGAGUCAUCAUGACAAUCAUCUACCAAAAUCGGGUCGCCACAACCUCUCUGGGUGGCUUUCUGAAGCUUUUAAAGACAUGGAGAGGAAGUGUGUACAAAUUAGUGUACAAAGAACUCAUCAUCUUCUGUGUGUUGUAUGCAUUCGUUAGCCUCAUUUACAGAUUGGCCUUGACAGAGGUCCAAAAAAGGUAAACUGAUUUUGACUUUGAUAUUGUAUGUUCAAACUUCACUGUUACUCACAAAUUAUGCAGAAUGUCUUGUCUGAAAAGUUCAACUAAUUAUCUAAUAAAUCCAUACUAUUUAUCGAUACAGAUUCAUCCAUAAAUGCAGACUUCAUUAGGUUAUGAAGUUAAUGGAAUUAAAUAAAUUUUGUUAAAUACGAUACAUUAUAAUUAAUUAUUGGGUUUAAAAUGAGAUAAAUUUAAUAAAAUAUAUAUGGCUUGCAUAUUUUAUUUAGUUUGGCUAAGACUGAGAGCUUCUUGACUUAAAGUGACUUAAUUUUUUGUUUUAUUUUGUUUAUUAAUAAAGGUACUUUGAACAAAUGGUUAUUGAGCUUAAAGCAGCCAGUAAUGUAAUCCCAUUAUCAUUCAUACUUGGAUUCUACGUUGCAUUUAUAGUAGAAAGGUGGUGGCAGCAGUUCAUAAAUGUCCCUUGGCCAGACAGGUGACUAUAUAAGUUAUUUAAACUAUUAAUUUAAUAACAGAUACAAUUUACAUAUAUUAAGAAAUAUUUUAGUACAUUACAAUUAAUAUGUAUAGUUUUUAAAAAAACAUAAUUUUACUGAAAUUUAAAAAAAGUCAGAAAUCCUUAAUGAAACUCCUAUAUGAAUUAAGGUCAUUGUAUUUAUAAAAUGUCUUCUCUUUAAUGAAACUCCUAUAUGAAUUAAGGUCAUUGUAUUUAUAAAAUGUCUUCUCUUUAAUGAAACUCCUAUAUGAAUUAAGGUCAUUGUAUUUAUAAAAUGUCUUCUCUUUAAUGAAACUCCUAUAUGAAUUAAGGUCAUUGUAUUUAUAAAAUGUCUUCUCUUUAAUGAAACUCCUAUAUGAAUUAAGGUCAUUGUAUUUAUAAAAUGUCUUCUCUUUAAUGAAACUCCUAUAUGAAUUAAGGUCAUUGUAUUUAUAAAAUGUCUUCUCUUUAAUGAAACUCCUAUAUGAAUUAAGGUCAUUGUAUUUAUAAAAUGUCUUCUCUUUAAGAAGCUAAAAUAAUUCAUGGCUUUUUUCUCUCAAUAUUUUACAUUCUUUAUAAAUUGUGAUUUUAAAGGACUCUGUUUGUAAUGGCGACAUAUCUACACGGUUUUGAUGAUAAGUCCAGAAUGAUGAGAAGAACUGUAGCAAGGUAAUCUAUACUUCAUCUUGUCUUUUUAAAAAAAAAUAAAAAAGCAAAAUUAAGUUGCCUUGCAACCAUGCUAGGUUUUCUUAAAUUGCAAGUAUUAUUUUUUAAUAGGUUAGAUACUUAAAAUUGGGUGUACCAAGAGUACCAUGUUGCUUUGGUUUGCUCCAGCCAAAAAGGACAAGAAAAGUUAGAUGUAUAUAUUAUAAAAUAGAUGAGACAUCUACUCUGACUUUCUUUUUAUGUAAAUAGCAUUUUACAAUCAUGUAAGUGUUGCAAAAUACAAAUAGGCCUAUAUAUAUUUUUUUAAUUUAACAGGUAGAAACCAAACCCAUUGGUUAGUUAUGUAUUACGAAGGCUACUUAUGCAAUGUUAGAUGGACUGUUUUUUAUCAUCUUUUAAUUCUAUUAACAUACAAAAAAAUAUGAAUGUAAAUUAUAUUAAUGUAUGAUUUUAGCCUUGUUUUAUUUAGCUGGUGUUCUUAAUAAUAGUCAAAUAUAUAAUUUCAGUUUAAUUUACACAUAAGUCAAUUAUGCAUUACGGUAGUUGUCACUCAAGUAGGCAAUGGUUACUAUAGAAAUUAGUUGAACAAGAAAAUAAUAACACAAUACUAUCUUUUGAGCCAUUCAACUGAAGAAUUUUGAUCAAAAUCAACUUAUCAAAAUUAUACAUUUAAAAAAAUUAAGUUUAACAUUUAAUACAUUUUGCAUUAAAAAAUCACCAAUUAUUUUGCCCAAAUUAAUACAUUGAUGCAGGUAUAUUAUGUUUGGCCUGAUUCUCAUCUGCCGAAAUGUCAGUGUGUCAGUCAUGAAGAGAUUUCCCACACUUGAUCACAUUGUGCAGGCAGGUGUGUUUAACUUUAACCAUCUGACAACCUAUUAUUUAAUAACAUGGUUCACAAUUGUUGCCUUUUUAAAUGACUUACAAGAGUUAAAACAAAGAAUACACAAUAUGAUGGUGGUCCAAAUUCACUAGCCGUAGAUUAUUGUAAAGUGAUGCUUAUGAAAAUUUAUUUGGUGUGCUCAGGCAGAUAUUCUCAUCACUGUGUAAAUGAAUUUUCUAAUCUCGCAUGAUGUGUCAUAACUCUGUCCAUUACAUUAAUUUUGCAUUGCAAGAGCCUUGUUCACACUUUAAUAAAUGUAAAUCUUCAAAAUAGUUUAUGCAACUUUUGCUAAGCUGAAUGAAGUAAUUAUUUUUAUAUAGUAAAUCCUGAGUUUUAUGAAGACAAAAUUGUUAUUAUCUAAAAAUGUUCAAAAUUCGCAGGUUUUGUUUCUAAAGAAGAGGUUGCCAUGUAUGAAAAAGUCCAAUGCAAAUAUCUCAAGUUCUGGGUGCCAUUUAUGUGGGCCAAUCAGGUUCUGGUCACUGCAAGAAGAGAAGGUCGAAUCCAGACAGAUUUUGGUCUCAGAAUGGUCAUUGAGGUAAAGAGAAAAUGCUAGGUAACUGAUUAUAUUUGGUUUUAAUUGGUUAAGUUUUCCUAUUUAUUUAGCUAGUGAUGAAAGAUAUUUGAAAUGUUCGAUUUCUUUAAAUCACUACAUGUAUCCUGUUUAUGAUUUAUUUGUUAAUGUAACAUAUAGUAGUGGUGGAUGUCUAAAACAUAUUAUUAUGUUAAUACAGUGGCAGAUCUUGGGGGGGGGGAGAUUACCUGCUAUACUAUGCACACUUGAUGGUUAUAAUUAUGAUUAGAGAAAAAAAAGCCACUAUUUAAAGUGCACCUGUCAUCAGCUUAUCAUGAUAAGUGGGGAUAAACAUACUUUUUGUUUUACAUAAAGGUUAUUAAAAAUGGCUCAUGGAAGACUAAAAAUUUAGAGAAACAUUUGCUUUUGUGUGUUUUUUUUUUUUACAUUUUGCUUGCAAAGAACUUUAAAAUAAAGUUGGAGGCCAUUUUGAGUCUUAAGAUAAUAAGUACCGGUAACAUUGAACAUAAUCACAUUUUAAUUCCUUCUGCAGUCUUUAGUGCAUAGGGCAGCAACUGAUUUUCACAUACCUCUUUGAUCAGGAUAAAUGAUAUUUAAUUACUUAAUGCUCAUUCAUUAAAAACAUAUCUUACAGGGAUUCCUUGACUUGUGCUCUAUGCACUAACAUUAAUUUUGGAUUUAUGUCAGCCUGUAAUAUUUCAUUUUAUUACCACCAAGAUUCAGAAUUUUUCUAAUGGGUAUUUAUGUCUUUAGUACCUUGCAGACCUGAGAGACAAGUGCUCUAUAAUGUUUGUGUAUGAUUGGAUCACCGUGCCACUGGUUUACACACAGGUAGUUGUGCUACAACUUUUGUGUUCAUUUGCUCAUAAACUUUAAUCAACACCCCUCUCAGCUCCCGAAACACAAUUUUUUUUUUUUAAUUUACUGAGCUGACCUCCCCAAAUCUACCCACUUAGUGUAUGUUGUAAAUGGAUGUCCCAAAAAAUUGUUUUACAUUAAAUUUCUAUGUAACAUCAAUUGUACAUGGAUCACUGUCAGUAGUGAGGGAAGGGAAAUAACUCAACUGUUUAAAAAAUAUAUUAUUUGUUGAGUGGUCAUUCUUUUGUUACCGAAUACCAUAAAAAUAAAAGGGAAAACGAUAACAAAAAAUAAGAAUCAAUUUUUGUACAGCCAAAAAGAAACUUGUUUCUUGCUUAACAUAAAAAAAAUAGAGCUAACAAUAUAUUUUUUUAAAAAAAGAUUUACCCUGUCACUUUAUUUAUACCUUAAUUUAAUUUUUUGUCAGCUUAAACUCUCGAAAAUUACACUUUAAAAAAAAAAUAUUAUGGGGAUAGCAAUAGUUAGGGGAGCUAUUAGGGUAUUUUGUUGAGGGGUAUGGAGUUUGGAGAAAAUUGUGAAAGUCCUUCAACUUAUUUAUGUUUUUUUUGCCCUAUGUUACAGGUGGUAACGUUGGCUGUGUAUUCAUAUUUCGCAGUGGCUCUUGUUGGCCAGCAAUACCUCGACCCUAGUCAGAAGUAUGUUGGUUUUGAAGGGGAUUUCUACAUACCUGGCUUUACCAUCUUACAGUUCUUAUUCUACAUGGGCUGGCUCAAGGUGAGUACCUGGCAAAUCCGUGUAUACCAUAAAAUACUGGCAAGUAAAACUAAAGGGGUUUUGUACACUAUAUGCUGAAGCUUCACACAACCAUUACAGGGCUAGUUUUUUUUAAUUUAUUUCAACACACUUUAUUUAUUUUGUACAGCUUUUCACAACUGAAAUCUAUUUUAAAAAAUUUGUGUGAAUGUUUAUUAUUUUUUUUACCAAUUGAAAUUUGAUUGUGGGUUACCACCUUGUACUGUUCAAAAGCCAACAUAUUAAUUGUUGUAGGUUGCCGAGCAAAUGAUCAACCCUUUUGGUGAAGACGAUGAUGAUUAUGAUAUUAAUUGGCUGCUGGACAGACACACUGAUGUGAGUUGAAAAUAACUUUGGCAUUGACCAUCUUGGAUUGUUGAACCUGGACAAUUUAUCAAAACAUUUAUGUUCUAACUAUUGGACAAAUGUAAAGCUGAGAUUGAAGCAAGCUUUAGAACUGAUUAACAUGUUUUCUGCUUGCAGUCUACAAAAAAUAAAAUUAAAAAAAUAGUGCAUCAAUUUUUAAAUAUAUAUAAAUAACUAGAGCCCAAAGAAGGUUACGCAGUUUAAGUGGUAGGAAUAAAUUCUAAAGAUAUGUUCACAAUGCAGAUAUGUUGCAGCCACAAGGCUCAAAGGUGAAUCCAUGUUGAGAAUCCAUGUCACAGAUAUCCCACACAGGUGCUCUCACAGGUGCUCACACUGAGUAGUCACAACUGGGGCAACUGAUGCAGAAAUUUUAGUUAUAUUUAUCAAUUUUAAAUUUAUGUGCCAGCACAACGGUUAGCCACUUGCGGCUGCAUGUGGCUAUUUAAAUGAAUGAACUCAUAUUUUUUCUUUUAAAUAUGAUUUUACCAACAACGACCCACAAAAGGAAACAUUCAAAUGGAAAUUUUUUUUAAAAAUCUUUAAUAAAUUCCAUUUGUUAAAAAGAAUUUUUCAUGUAAAUCUUCUCUUAUCUUGUCCACUCCAACAAAAUCAAACUUAAAAUUUGUUUCAAACCCAUUAAAAUGAAACUUGGUGGCCCUGUUAAGUUUAAGCAAGUGGCAAUUGGUCACAGAAAGUUGAGAUUCCAAGUAACAAAUCCACUGUGUGAAUUACGCUUAAUGUGAGAAGAUAGGCAACAUAUAACACUUAACUCGUUCGUAAUAAAUAAGCUAAUUUAAAACUUGUACUAGUCCUAGAAAUUGGAAGAAUACAAUAAAUAUUAAAUUAACAUUAAACAUUCUUCUUCUUAGCAGCAAAAAGAUUUCUGUUCCAGUCACAUCUUAAUGCAUUAAUAAUAAACCUUUACUUUAAUAUUGACCUGUAUUGAUCUCACCUGCUGACACAGGUUGCGUUUGGCUUAGCUGACCACUGCU